AUGUCUGGUCCAACGACUGCCGGGCCGUCGGGCUUGGCCAGUAUCAUCAAGGCCUCGACAGCCCCUCUGCCUUCUGCCUUGACCCGUGCUCAAGAAGUUGUGGCCACUCAUGGGUCAAGCAACCGCUCACGAUGGUACAGCAUGGUCAUCACCGUCGCCCUUGUCUCCGCCGUUAGCUGGGUGGUUCGCUAUCGCAUACUCAACAUGUACUCGCGAUUACCCCCAGAGCCUCAACGCAAGGAACCGGAAAUUGAUCUGUUUCCUGACACACAUGACGAGGGUGUCAAGUCAGGACUUUCAAGCUACCUGGACGAGUUUCUGAGCGCUAUCAAGAUAUUCGGUUAUCUCGAGCGUCCUGUCUUCCACGAGUUGACUCGAAGCAUGCAAACCCGGAAACUCAUCGCUGGUGAAACUUUUAACCUCGAAGAGGAGAAAGGCUUCUGCAUUGUGGUCGAUGGGAUGGUGGAAAUCUUUGUCAAGUCUGGGAGGUCCUUUGGCUCCCCAGAAGCGAGCGCUAAUUUUCAAGGCGACCUAUCAGAUGGAGAAGACGAUGCUUUGCCCCAUGGUGAGCAAUACCAGCUGCUUACGGAGGUCAAGAAUGGGGCACCCAUGUCGUCCUUAUUCUCCAUCAUGUCCCUUUUUACCGAGGACAUUAAACUCACGUCAACAGAGGCUGAAACCCCCGAAAGAAGCACUGCUUCCAGCGCCAAUUUCCGAUUUGCUGGGGCCGCCCGAACUUCCGUCUCGCGGCAUGUCUCCCAGGAUGCCGCCGCGUCAAUGCCUGGCACGCCGCGAUUUGUUGACGUGGCUGAAAACAACAACGACCGUGUACAUGAAGACUUGUCGCGCCCGUCCUAUACAAUCCCUAGCUCGAACCAGGCUGCAAUUCCUCCGAUUUCGCUCGAUGGGUCAGAGCCCAAGCGGACAGCAGUCCGCCCUACACUCCCAGGCAGAGCCGCUUCGACAUCGGCCCAUCCAGAUAUCAUCGCUCGGGCCACAGUCGACACGACGAUUGCCAUAAUUCCUGCCAGCGCUUUUCGACGACUUACCAAAGUGUAUCCAAAAGCCACAUCGCACAUAGUUCAUGUCAUUCUAUCCCGCUUCCAGCGAGUGACACUUGCCACGGCAUACAGAUACCUUGGGUUGACGUCCGAGGUGUUGUUGACCGAGAAGAGCAUGAAUAGAUAUACAACGUGGCAGCUUCCUAACAUGCUUCGGGGCGAUGCACUGCUACGCCUCAAGGAAAAAUUUGGCCGCGAGCGUCAGCGCGCUGGGGAAGAUACGGAAACCAAGGGCAUCGCGCUACACAAUGCGAAUGCCCAUCGACGCCGAAAGUCAAGUGUCAUGCUGCGCAAAGAUGCUGUUUUGCAUUCAAUGUCCAAGCAAACUUCCUACGUCGCCACAACUAUCGCACCCCCAGGAGAGAGACUGGCUACUCAGACGCCCAGUCCCGGAGACUUAUUGGCCACUACGAACAUAGCUCGAGAAGUCCCUGGUCACAAUUUCACAGACUCACCUAUUGAGCAUGUUGCAGAGGUCAUGCGUCUGGAUCAAACCAGCCCGUUGGCACAGCGAACUUUCAACCCUUUCGCUAGUGUCAACACUUCGCGCGUGUCACUCGACCCCCGAGACGCCGCCGAUGAGGACAAUCUCUUCCGGACCUCGAUCCUUGAAUGCAUGUUUCGAGCGAUCGGCCUGGGCGUCGGCGGCACUGUUUCGCGGGAACCUGAAUCCAUGGAGGGAUCACCUAGGCUAUUUUCGUAUGAUCAGCGACGCCACAAAGCUAUGUUUGGAAAUCACAAUGCCUUUGGCAUCAUGGACCCCUUCGACGGCUCGGUUGAUGGCGAUACCGAGUCAUUGACAUCUGGUGGCCUUGCCCUGAAUACUCCGCCCAGCGCCCAAUCACUAGCCAAUGAUUUGCGUGAUGACGUCGAGAUUGUUUUCUUUCCCCAAGGCUCAGUUCUCGUUGAGCAAGGCGAACGCAACCCCGGACUUUACUACGUUAUCGACGGCUUCCUCGAUAUCUGCACCACCAGUGAGGAGUCUUCCGCAAGCAUUCUUCAGCCUGGGGCACGAGCAUCUACAGCGGGUUUGACUUCUGACGCAACUCCUGCGCCUGCUCACAACAGUCAUGGCAGGGACAAUGCUCAAGACAAGCGCAAGAAGUCUGUGCGUCGCAGUGUAUCCUUGAUCAAACCGGGUGGCCUUGCAGGCUACAUUGGCGCAUUAUCUUCGUACCGUUCAUUCAUCGAUGUCGUUGCGAAGACUGAUGUCUACGUUGGUUUCUUACCCCGUGCGUCCCUUGAAAGGAUUGUAGAUCGGUACCCUAUCAUCCUUUUGACGAUGGCCAAGAGGCUGACAAGUCUUUUGCCGCGCCUUCUCCUUCACAUCGACUUUGCUCUGGAUUGGGAUCAGGUCAGCGCUGGCCAAGUCAUAUUUCACGACGGCGACGAGAGUGAAGCUAUCUACAUUGUCUUGAAUGGACGUCUUCGUCUCGUCGAAGACCGCGAAGGCGGUGGCAUGACUGCACGAGCCGAGUUUGGCCAGGGCGACAGCGUAGGUGAGCUGGAAGUACUUACCGAGUCGGCCCGCACCGGAACUUUACAUGCCAUUCGAGACACAGAGCUUGUAAGAUUUCCGCGAACGCUUUUCAACAGCCUAGCUCAAGAGCACCCGAACAUCACUAUCAAGAUAUCAAAGAUCAUUGCUGCCCGCAUGCGCAGUUUGGUAGAUGAUCCAGCCCAGCUAAUGGCGAAUGAAGCUGGGCUCUCUGCGUUAGGCAAAGGCUCGUCGGCGCUCAACUUGCGGACAGUAGCUGUGCUUCCUGUGACCGCAGGCGUACCAGUUGUUGAGUUUGGCCAUCGUUUGUUGAAUGCUUUGGUGCAAGUCGGCCCAGUCAACGGCGCGAUUUCGUUGAACCAGUCCGCGAUUCUCAACCACCUUGGCAAGCACGCUUUCAAUAAAAUGGGCAAGCUGAAGCUAUCCCAAUACCUCGCGGAUCUGGAGGAAAAGUACGGCCUUGUGGUCUACGUCGCAGACACAAACGUCAAUUCGCCCUGGACGCAGACUUGUAUCGCACAAGCCGAUUCUAUACUGCUGGUGGGCUUGGGCGAGGGCUCCCCUGAGAUUGGUGAGUACGAGCGCUUCAUGCUGGGCAUGAAGUCAACCGCGCGCAAGAUCCUGGUUCUGCUCCACGCAGAGCGGUAUUCGUCACCUGGUCUGACCAGGUCCUGGCUUCGAAACCGAAUGUGGAUUAAUGGCGGUCACUAUCACCUGCAAAUGGCUUUUAGAACCAACAUGAUGCCAUCCCACCCCCCUUCUAAGAGAUCAAACACGACACUGAAGGAGCGUGUCCAGAUCUUGCAGGCUGAGAUCCAGAAAUACACCUCGAGAAAGGUUCGACACACACCCUACUACUCGCCUGAUGCACCGUUCAAGGGCGAUUUUCAUCGUCUGGCCCGACGAUUAUGUGGCAAGUCGGUGGGUCUCGUGCUCGGAGGUGGUGGCGCUCGAGGCAUCACUCAGAUCGGCAUCAUCCAGGCUAUGGAGGAAGCUGGCAUUCCCAUUGAUGUUGUGGGUGGAACAUCAAUGGGAUCGUUUGUUGGUGCCCUCUACGCAAGGCACGCAGACAUCGUGCCCAUUUUCGGCUUGGCGAAGAAAUUCUCAGGCCGGAUGGCUAGUAUGUGGCGCUUCGCGCUUGACUUGACUUACCCGACAUCCUCAUACACCACUGGGCACGAAUUCAACCGCGGGAUUUUCAAGACUUUUGGCAAGGCCCAGAUUGAAGACUUCUGGCUCGAAUUCUACUGCAAUACCACCAACAUCAGCAAGAGCCGGGCGGAGUAUCAUACAAGUGGGUACGCCUGGCGGUACAUUCGAGCGUCCAUGUCUCUGGCGGGGUUACUUCCUCCCCUAUCAGACGAAGGAAGCAUGCUAUUGGAUGGUGGUUAUAUCGACAACCUUACGGUAUCUCACAUGAAGAGACUAGGCGUUGAUACGAUCUUUGCCGUCGAUGUCGGCUCGUUGGAUGACGAUACUCCCCAGAGCUAUGGCGACUCUCUUUCAGGAGUUUGGGCGUUUUUUAAUAGGUGGAAUCCCUUCUCAACAACGCCCAACCCGCCUACUCUGGCGGAAAUUCAGGCUCGAUUAGCGUACGUGUCCAGUGUAGACGCCCUGGAGCGUGCCAAAGCCAUGCCUGGAUGCUUAUACAUGCGACCUCCCAUCGACGAUUAUGGCACGCUCGACUUUGGGAAGUUCGAUGAGAUUUACCAGGUGGGCUACAAAUAUGGCCAAGAGUUCUUACAGAAGAUGAAGGACGAUGGUGUCUUGCCGCUGGUCGAAGAGACGGAAGCCAAGAAAGCAUUGCGCAGGACAAUGGCACCUCGCCGCGCCAGUAUUUAG